AUGGAAGUCUCUUCAUUCUUUGCUCUCCGGCACUCGCCCCUCCUCCUCAUCCUCCUAACCCUGCUUGUGCCAAUCUUCUCCAUCCUGAUCCUCUUCUCCACCAAGAAGAAGAAGCUUCCGCCUCCAUCCAGCAGCAAUGGCGGUCAGCUGCUGCCUCCGUCGCCGCCGGGCCUAAUUCCCAUGCUCGGCCACCUCCUUCUUCUUGGGUCCCUGCCGCACCGGAAGCUCCGCUCGCUGGCCCAGGCUCACGGUCCGGUCAUGCUACUACACCUCGGCCGCGUGCCCACCGUCGUGGCAUCCUCUGCCGCGGCGGCGCAGGAGGCCAUGAAGAGCCGCGACCUGGCCUUCGCGAGCCGUGCCAAGAUUUUCAUGGCCGAGAAGCUCCUCUACGGGCAGGACGUGGCGCUGGCGCCCUACGGCGAGUACUGGCGCCAGGCGCGCCGCGUGUGCGUGGUGCACCUCCUCAGCUCGCGCCGCAUCCUCUCCUUCCGCCGCGUUCGGGAGGAGGAGGUCGCCUCCCUGCUCGACCUCGUCCGGCGCUCCACCUCGACGAUGGGCGGCGGCGGAAUGAACCUGACAGAGAUGCUUACCGCCUACUCCAACGCCGUCAUCAAGCGCGCCGCCCUUGGCGACGAGGACUACGGCGGGAUCGAUGGCGGCGGCGGAGAGAAGCUGAGGAAGGUGCUCGACGACUUCGCGCACCUGAUGGGGACGCCGCCGGUGGGAGAGUUCGUGCCGUGGCUGGCAUGGCUGGACACGUUGACAGGGCUGAAUGCCAAGGCGUCGCGCACGUUCGAGGCGCUGGACGGGCUGCUCCAGCGGGUCAUCGACGGACACCGCCAGCAGCGUCUCGCCGGUGGACGGCAGCUGGUGCGCGACGGCGAGGACGAUCGGCGGGACUUCGUGGACGUGUUGUUGGACGUGAACGAGACGGGAGGGGAGGCAGGCGGAGUCCACUUUGACGAGAUCCGCAUCAAAGCCAUUUUGCUGGAUAUGUUCGUGGCUGCCACCGACACGACGUAUGCAACUUUGGAAUGGGCUAUGGCGGAGCUCAUGAACCACCCAUACGAAAUGCACAAGCUCCAGGGUGAGAUCCGCACAGCCGUCAAUGGCACCAGCCACGUCACCGAGGACCAUCUCGAACAGCUUCGCUAUCUCAAGGAUGUGUUGAAAGAGACACUCCGGCUACACGCGCCCCUGCCGCUCCUCUUGCCUAGGGAGACUGUUGAGGAGACGGAGCUGCUAGGCUACCGCGUUCCAGCGAGGACGCGUGUGGUGAUCAACGUGUGGGCUAUUGGCCGCGACCCCGCGACGUGGGAGCAUGCAGAGGAGUUCAUCCCAGGCCGGUUUGUUGCCAUGGAUGGCCCAACAGAGUACAUGGUGGGACAAGAUUUCAGCUUUGUGCCGUUUGGUGCCGGAAGGAGGGGUUGCCCUGGGGUUGGGUUCGCUGCGCCAGCCAUGGAGCUGGCGCUAGCGAGCCUGUUGUACCAUUUCGACUGGGAGCUGCCAAACGGAGCGACCAAGGUGGACAUGAGCGAGCAGUUUGGGGUCUCUGUGCGGCUCAAGGCGCCGCUGCAUCUGGUAGCCAAGCCAUGGUCUCCAUGA